CUGUUGCAGUCAGUGAGUUACUCUGGAUUUACACCUGUACCUUUGAGAGCAGAAUCCAGUACUUUCUAUCCCACUUAGCAUGUGUGUUUCUUUUAAAGGAUGAUACAACCAAUGUGCUACACACCGCUUGUUACACACACUUCACAUAUGCUAAGGGCUGUUUCAAAGAGGACAGUGAUCAAUGGUUCUCCAUGCCCAUCAGAGGAAGGACAAAAAGCAAUGGGUUUAAUCUGCAGCAAGGGAGAUUUAGUGCUAGGAGUGCAGUUAUUUCUGCACCAGAUUCAGCGGAUCCAGUUUGUUGAAGUUAGUGACACUGCAAAGAUCCACUGUUCUUCCACAGAAAACUUGAAAGCAGGAAGUAACAUGUUUUGGUAUUUGAGAAGAGAAGGUGAGACACCAACAUGCAUUAAGCGCUGUUGGGAUGAUCAAAAUGUAAGUAAAUUUGCUUGCAAACACGAGACGCACAGCUCGACACUGGAAAUCCGCAAUAUCCAAAAGACUGAGUCUGGCAUUUACUACUGUGCAUAUAAAGACAGCAGCUACCUGCUUUUCGGGAAUGGAUCCAUGCUGAUUGUUGGAGACAGUUAUACCAAGAGCAGCUGGGUGAUGCUUCUGGUCCCAUUUCCACAUGGCAGUCAAGUCACUGGGACAGUGAAUCUGGCCUGUGUGAUCCAUGGAGUUUCCAGCCCAGUCCAUGUUUCCUGGAGUGUUUCUGGGGAGCUGCAGGAACAGGGGCUGAUACGCUUAUUGAAAGCAAAGGAUGGAUCUUUAACGCUCAUAAAUCAUAUCAGCGUCCCCAUGGACACCUGGACCAGUGGGAAGAAUUUCACCUGUGAAGUCAAAUUCAACUCUUCCGGCAGCAGUGUGAAGAAAAGUACCAGGUAUCCUGCAGCUUCCUCCACAGCCCAUCCCAGCGGGUGUGCGUCACAGACGGUGCGCUACGCAGUGGCUAUGUUCCUGGUGGUGUUGAUGGUGUCCCUGAGCCUGGCCUGGAGUCACUGCUGUUCUAAUCCAGGGUCAAACCAUUUGUGCCCAACUGGAGUUUGAUUCAAGGAAUCACAACCAGAGCACGGAGCAGCGACCAGUGAAAGGGAAAAGGGGGAAAUCGUAGCCCAGACGGGGAUCCAAGCUGGACACUCACAGCUGUUUCACUGCUCAUCUCAAUGACAGGACCAUCCUGUAAGGUGCUGACUUUCUGUAGAAGCUGUUGGUUUGUUUUUACUGCUUCUUACUGCUCUUCACUGCUGCUGCACGUGGCUCAGUUCCACACUGUGACUGAAGAUUAACCCACUUGCCCACCUGGCCUAUGCAGAGCAGGAAGUCACAAAAAGAACCAGACCCUUGAAGGUGGGAGAUUUCCUAGUGUGAUAUGAAGGACAUUGUCCCGCAGGUAUCUUGGCAACAUAUUGGUGGUUUUCUGGACAAAUCCCACUCCUCUGGGGGUGCAGAGGGUCCCAGACCGCAGGAGCAGUGCGGUGUCACUUCAUAAAGGGGGGCGGGAUUGCAGGAGCCUGCGUGUAACCUACGCGCUCCCUGUACGCCCCAGAGAUUGGCUCUCUGCUCAGUGUGGCCCAAGGGAGAGGGAUGGGGUUGGCAGGGAGUGAAUCCACCACUACACCAAUCCUCUAGACAACAGCCCCUGUGGAGCUGGGGCACUAGGGCCACAGAGCCUGCUCCAGCCCUGCUGUCGGGGUAGCAGCUGUGGAGUGGCUCCACCACCGUUCCGUGACCUGUGAAGGAAACGAUUCUUCCCCUCUUCCCCCCUAGAGAUCCCGAACUCAGUUACACAGGCUGGGCACUGGUAAGAGGAGGUGGGGCUCAGGGCCUGCCUUACUCACACAGGCAGUCGCCGUGAACUCAGCUACUCUCAUGUCUAAGCCGAGCCCUUGGUGGUUUUGAAAGGGGAGGUGGGAGGUUGAUACCCACGAGAAAUUGAAUCUCCCCCGGACUGGGCUUGGGACUCAGGUGUGUUACCGGUCACAAAAGCUGGACCAGAAAAACCCAGAUGCAGAACCAGCCUUGGCCCCCGACGCGCACAGCAGGUGGAAGGGGCAGAACCAGACAGAAGUGACACUUUCCAGCUGGGUGGAGGCCGCUUUUGGAUAAAAGCGCGAAAUAAAAAAAACCUUAAUAAUAAUUAACGUUUUUUUGUUCUACAAAUAAAAGCACACAACUCAUAUUUUAAUAGCAGUAGUCUUACCUUUCUAAUGUGAUGGAUGUGCCCUCUCUCCCUUGCUGCAGCAGCCCCCGAGCUGGGGCUGGGAAGGAGGGGGGUCUCUCCCCGGCAGACGCAGCCCUGGAGCUGGGGAAAGUCACCUCUUUCUCUGGCCGCUGCAGCCCUGCACAUCCCAAAGUCCCCCACCCCCUCUUCUCACCCCACUGCCCCCUCUCACCUACCCCCUAUUCCCCCCCCAAGGCCACCACCUCACCUUCCAUGUGCGUCUUCUCCAAGGUCCAGGCACCUAAUUAGUGGAGCCUCGCCUGCGCGGCUGCACUAAUUAGGUGGAUGGCUCUUCAUUUUUGUGUGCAGCCGCCCAGGCAUGCACCUUAGAAGGAACUAUCCGCAGACCACCUGAAUGGAGCUCGCGGACCACUGAUGGUCCGCGAACCAGUUUGAGAACCUCUGCUCUACUCCAUCCUCAUUCUUACAGUCUUUGGGCCAGAUUCUGCUCUCCCUGACGCUGGUGUACACCCAGGAGAACUCUGCUGAGGGCAGUAGAGUUACUCUGGGUUUACAGGGGGUCACUGAGAGAAGUAUGUGGCCCUUUGUAGUUCAUUUGAGGCCAGGCAAUGAACCUCUCACUCCCCCUGGGGAGCCGUUAUUCACGGCAGGGGUCCCACUGAAGUUCCAGGGACCGUUCACAUCUGUAACUUCUCACCCAUGUGGGUACAGGUGUUACAGUCUGACCCUUACUAUCUAUAUUCUGUCGUUGGAGGUCUAACCAGCCCUGUGGCUCACCGCGAGUGACAGUAACAAUGUGAAAACACAGGCCUGAUUGUGAUCUAAGCACUGACCCCAAAGCCGCAGCACGGCCUGCUUGGGCUGGGAGAACUCCGCAGAGGGUCAGUGCUUGGAUGGGAAACCUCCUCCAGUGCAGGACGUAGCCUAACAAACUGAGCAGGUGACUCUAUCGCCCUCAAUCAGCAGCAAAUGCCCAUCCUGCUGAAAGGGAGUGUGACGGGGUGUUCACCCCCACUAGACCAGAAGGGGUUAAUGAGGCUGAGAAGGGGCCACGUAAAGGGAUAGGCUCCAGCUGAGGGGAAUUAGGUGGCCUAAAUAAGCCCUGAAUGAUGACGAGCAGGAGCAGGUGGGGCUGGUAUAAAGCCAGGAACCCGGCAGCAGAGAAGGGCUGCAGUGAGGAAGGCUACAGUCACUCUCUGGGCAUGAGCGAGGGAAAGGAGGAAGCCCAGGGCAGAGGAGAAACCCUGGGGACCCAGGCCCCGAAGGAAGGAUUUACCUCGGAGGUUGGUGGAGCAAAAGCCUGAGAGAGGCGGAGUAGGAAAGGAAUCGGGGAAGCCCCAGCAAGGCGGGACAUUGCAGACCUUAGCUGCUGACUCAAGAGUCCCUGAACUGGAACCAAGAGCAGAGGAGAGGCCGAGGUUCCCCUCCCAGCCACUGGGGAAGUGGCACUGUCAGGGCAGUGGGUUUGGUGAUUCCCUGGGACAGUUUGUCCUGUGGCCCUUUGAUACCCUGGCAGGGGGGAAACGCCCAGUGACUUGGCCAGAGGGCCAAGGCCUGAAGAGAGAGCAGUCAAGCCAGAAAGAGGAAAGUGCAGAGUCCAGAAGAGCGAGUGGGGCUGCGGCAAGAAUGAGAUGACAGAAGGGGUGUUGGAGCCAGAAGGAGCUAAUCCCAUGAGCAGCCAGGAGGAGGCGCCCUAGCGGUGAGUGAAUUCUGUGAUAGGUGCUCUGGUGUGGGAAGUGCCAUGUUUGAGAAGAGAGGUCAAUCCAAUGCCUGAUCAACCUGCAGGCAAUUCACAAAUGACCCCAUGUGGCUUUUUGCAAGAAGGGAGGUGUCAGCCCAGAUUAUGGAUCAGAGAAACAACCAUAGAAGUUCUUGUAUUUCAAGCAAACUCACAUCACGUCAUAGCUAAUUACAAACAUGAGACUUCCUGAAUUUCUCUCGCUUUCUCUUUCAUUCUUUCUUUUUGCAUCUCUUGCUUUUAAAAAAUGUAAACCACUUUAGUGAGACUGCAUCAGUCACAGAGGAGCGUUUCUCUUCUUGUAUGUCAGAGUCGCAUGUUCAGUCUGAAAUAGAAAAAGGAAAGAUCUGGUGUUAUAAUUAAUUCUUUGUAUUAGAGCAGCUUUUGUGUUAUAAGAAUGUCUGAAAAACCUAUAUCAAUGGUGGAGAUUUCUCUUUUGUCCUGGGCUGUUGUCUUUUGUCCUGGGUGCUGGGUUUAGUGUGAGCGUUGCUGGAUGGUGUUGGUGCUUUGUAAUAUGCAUGAGGCCAGACUAGAUGAUCUGGUGGUCCUUUACAGAAAUAUACCGUGACGUUAUCGGAUUAAACUAUGACCAUGUGGAUCACUGUUGCUACCACUGUUAUAUAGUUGUAACAAAGGUUGCACAAAAUGUGGCAUGUAAGAUGUCUAUGGAAAGGUUUUGGUUCUCUGAAUAUGAUGUUGCUAUUUGCAUCCAUGUAUCAUUUUUGUAUCUGAAGUUAUGAGUAUUGGCUCUAUGCCUGUAUAUCUAAUGUGUUUGCUUCUGGGAAACACCAACAAGAUGUUUAGCCAGCAUAUUUUGAAGGACGCAUUCAAGUUAAGUGGCUCAUCAAAAGGACACUUAACUCACAUGGACUGUCCUGUGAACGCUCUGUCUGGGGUAUAGGUAAUGGCUUCUUUUGUGACUAAGCGGAAUCAUGCAGGGACGUGUGACUUGACCAUGUGACUCCAAACUCCAUCUUUUACCUGUAAUUUUCCACUAGCUGUGCUGAGGGCUUUGUUUGAAACAAUGGAUUUCCCUCCACAUGGCAGAAGCUAUAAAAGGCGCUGGAAACACCUCCAUUUUGCCUCUUUCCUGCUCAAGCCUCUGGACUAUGGACUUCUACUAAAGGGAGCAUUGUUUCUAACCAAGAGACUGAGGACCUUCCAAUGAUUUGGAAGCAACCAGAGACUUGACUUAAGCCUGCAGUUUAUUCCAUCACUGCUACAUGCCUGAACCAAGAACUUUGCAAUUAUUGUAUGUAUUUGAUUCCUUUAACCAAUUUUAAUUCUCAUCUUUCUUAUAAAUAAACCUUUAGAUUCUAGAUACU